AAUUCCUGAACAGGAGAUUCAACAGGAUACACAGACUACAACUCAACAUAUUCAUUCAUUCAAUGAAUAUUAACACCUCUAAUACAGGAAAUAACCAAUACAAUCAUAUACACGAGCAGUUUUUAUAUCUUUAGAGCAGUUUUUAUAUCUUCAGAGCAAAUAUGUUGAGAUCAUGGAUACUAUUUCUAAGUUAUUGCCUUAGUGCCGGGAAAGCAUUCACGACUAAUUCGGAUGCAACAAGAAAGCAGCAGUACCAGAUCCAGAACGGGCCGUGCACGUACACCUUUCUACUGCCGGAAUCGCAAAACUGUGGAGGCCCUUCAAAAACCUACACCGAACAAGUGCAGAGAGAUGACCCGGUUGACUGGAACAGACUGGAGCAACUAGAGAGCAUCAUUGAGAACAACACACAGUGGCUGCAAAAGCUGGAGAACUACAUCGAGGAGAACCUCAAACAAGACAUGGUCCAAAUCCAAAAUAAUGCAGUGCAAAACCACACCGUGACCAUGAUCAAGAUUGGGACCAGUCUCCUGAGUCAGACAGCAGAGCAAUCACGCAAAAUCACAACUGUUGAAGCACAGGUUAUUAACCAAACAACUCGAAUUGAACGUCAGCUUCUUGAGAAUUCCAUUUCGACCAGCAAGCUUGAAAAGGAGUUUCUUCAGCAGAUUAAUGAAAUCAACAAACUAAAAGAAAAAAACAGUUUCCUAGAGAAAGGAAUAGAAGACAUGGAAGGAAAGAGGAACACAGAGCUGGAGACCUUGAAAGAGGAGAAGGAAGAGCUGAAGAAGCUGGUGGAGAUGCUGGCUAAGGUCAUAAAAGAGAUGGAGCAACAAGUGUCGAGCACAUCCUCUGAUAACACUGCCAUGAAGCAGCAGCAGCAGGAGCUGACAAACACAGUCAACAAUUUAAUCCAAACGAUCUCUGUGACAAGGCAAGGUAGCAAUUCUGCAAUGAUGCAGGACAACCCAGAUCAGUUAAUUGACUGUGCUGUAGUUUUCAAGCAAGGGAACAAGAAAAGCGGUGUCUACUCAUUGACCAUACCUGGUACAAAACAACAGUUCAAGGCCUACUGUGACAUGGAGACAGAUGGAGGUGGAUGGACAGUAAUACAGAAGCGCUUUAAUGGCCUUGUUGAUUUUCAUCAGACAUGGAAAAAUUACACCAUGGGGUUUGGUGACAUCUCAGGUGAACACUGGUUGGGGAAUGAAAUCAUCUCCAAGUUGACACAAGAAAAACAACACACCCUUAGGAUCGAUCUGAUGGACUGGGAGGGGAAUAUGGCCUUUUCAAAAUAUAGCCAGUUCUCACUCGAUGGAGAGAAGCAGAAUUACAGGAUAAACCUCAAUGGCUACAGUGGAACAGCGGGGAGAACCGGUAGUAUGGGACAAACAGGAGGUGAUUUCAGUGCAAAAGAUCUAGACAACGACAAAUGCGUUUGCAAAUGCUCACAAAUGCUAUCAGGAGGUUGGUGGUUUGAUGCUUGUGGACCAUCCAAUCUCAAUGGAAUAUACUACCAGCAGGGACAGAACACCAACCGGUUUAAUGGCAUAAAAUGGUAUUACUGGAAAGGUUCGGCAUAUUCACUAAAGGCUACAACUAUGAUGAUAAGACCAGCAAACUUCUGA